CAAGGUUCAGUGUGGAUCUUAGCGUGGAGUGUUUAUUACAAAAUGUCUGUGUGCUGCUGUCAAAUACAACUGAGGAAAAGGAUUACACCAAUAUCCUGGCUUUCCUGGGUUCUGUGGUGCAGUGUGAUGCUGUCUCCUGCUUGGGGAUAUGUGAUAGUUAAUUCGGUUUCGUGGUCAGUUACCAAUGAGGUGGAGGAAGAACUGGAUAGCUCCUCAAACGAGGAGGCUCUCCCUGCGCUUCUGGAAGACACGACUAGCAUCUGGAAGCAGAGCUACCCAGCCUCUGUUUACAAGGAAGAUGGGGAAAUGAGGUCAAGGCCAGUGGCUGGGAGAUCCAAGCAAAUCUCUUCUCCUUCUAGGAUGUUUUCCUAUAGGAGAGAGAGUGUCAAAGGAACAGACAACAUUACUCCUCAGGAGCAGGCAAUCAGAACUGCCCGUUUCCUGACCCAUUAUAACAGCUGGGGCUUCUUGGCUACCGAGUCCACCCAGGAAAAGAUCCAAGGUGUACCAUUUGGGAAUUGUUUACUGGUCAGUGAUGGGCCCAUCAAUAACAGCACUGGAAUACCUUUCUUUUAUGUGACUCCAAAGGACAACACUGUGACAGAUCUCAUGAAGAACUCUGUAUCUUCGCUGACAUUCCCAGAGGCAGAAGGAGAAUUCUGCAGAAAAAAUAUAAUUGAUCCUGAGGAUCCACGGUGUGCCAGACUGACUCUCACAGGACAGAUGGUCAUAGUACCACCAGAGGAAAUGGAAUUUGCCAAACAAGCAAUGUUUUCUAGGCACCCAGUUAUGAGGAAGUGGCCUCGUAACUACGAAUGGUUCUUUAUGAAAAUGAACAUUGAGCACAUCUGGCUUCAGAACUGGUAUGGAGGAGUUUCCACCAUUGCGGUGGAGGAGUAUUUCAAAGCAGUUCCAAGUAAAGAGUGAUUGGGUUUGAAAUAUAAAUCUUCAGUUUUCAUAUUUGUUUUCCAAAAACUUUUCCCAACACCAUGUUGUUGGAUGGGUAUUUUACAGUGAUUUUUUUCAAAAGCAUUCAGAAUGGCCUCAUCUUGUUUACUUGGAUCAAAUGCUAAUAAACCAAUAUGGAUCUUUAUAUUAAAAAUGAUAUGUGGAUGGUAAAUCCUACACUGGAACACACAAUCUUGGCAUUUCAGAUAGCAUUUAUACUUCCUGAAUGCUACUUAAAAAUGUUUUGAUUUUAGUGUCAUCCACCCAUGUGACACUUAUAUGCUAAAUAUGACAUUCUCUACAGAAAAACUAAUUACCCAUAAAUGACUUCUGUAUAUUGUGGAAGUAUUAUUGCUACUUGCUAUCUUGUUUUGUAGGUGUUCUAAGCAAAUAUCUCUAGCUGCAACUAUAAGAUGUUUUAAGUUUGUGUUUAAUACUUUUAAUGAAGAGAUCUUAUUUUGGAAUUUACGUUUUAGUCAGUCACACCCUUUUCCAAAUUAUCCAGUUAAAUAUUUUGCUUGGCAAUUGAGGAGAAGGAGUGGUGGACCUUGUUGGCUAUUGCAGUGGCAAAGUACAAGCAGCUCAAACAAAAUAAAUUCAGUACACUAUGUCUUUUACUAGUACAAGGAUGAUUAAACAUGUUAAAGGGUCAAACAAGAAAUCAGACCCACCACAGGAUAAUCCCAAUGCACUUAACAUUCUUUUUAAAAAAUGUAGUCUCUACUAAGCCUGUUUUAGAUUAUGAGACAGGAGAAAUAUUGAGUUACUUGCCAGCCUAAGAUCCUACGUUUUUCACAUCCUGUCUCUCACCUCAGUUUCAUUAACUCAUUCCUGAGACAGACUUUCAUAGCCAGUCCCUGGUUCCCCCCAGUGAUGGAGCCAGCCCUUUAAUCCGGUUCCCUAGGUAGGUUUAAAAGGGAGUCGCCCUGACAUUGUCUUUGUAAGGGAAAUCUGGGAUAAUUAGUAGCAUUUUCAGUUCAAAGACCAAGUAAAAAAUUUCCAUUCUCCCUAUGAGCAAAGUCAAAACUUCACUGCAAAGCAUAUGCCGGACUGGCAAUUUUUUCCUGCAGGGCCAAGUGGGGCUGCUUUAUCAGUUCUUAGCCUCUGCUUACUUUAUGAUAUACCACUAAGGUUGUUCUAGCCACCUGACCUAGAAUAUCUUACUAAAAAGGGACUGAUGGCUUAAGUAGCUACUUAGCUACACAGCUUAUAAGGAAUGUGUGUCUAUUACUUACCAUUAAAUUAUACAAUAGCUCUUACUGUAACGCUGUAAAAGCUAGAGACUGUAAGAGCUUUGUUUGCCUGUGUAACUCUUCUGCCCCUCUGAGUUGGCAGCAACAAGGGCCGGGUUCAGUAUCCAGGGGUUCCAUUUCAAUAACACAAUGCAUAACCGGCUCGAGCCCCCACCCAGUGACCUGGGACACUUACAUACCACCCCCCCGGGCGCCUCUAGGACCAAUACUUCCCCUUUCGCAAGCAUGGAGUCUGAAUGUAGCAAAAUCCUUUUAAUAAAGGAUGGAAACAAUGUGGCAUCACAUCGGAGAAACACCACAAGCAGGAUUAUAACACAAACCAUAAGCAAAAACCCACCUCCAAGUACAUUUGGCAAUGUCCUUUCCCCCUUAGGGUCUUAAGUCCAAUCACCCCAGUGUCUCUGGUCAGUGCCACCCCAGAGUUCAAAAGUUUAUCUGCAGAAUUUUACCCUCCCAGCCUGGGUGGAAAUAGGAGGCGGGGCCCACACAUGGUGUUAAGGGGCACCUUACGUGGGCCAGGGCCAACUGCUCUGCCUCUCUGUGGAGUUCUGCUGCAGCCUUCACCACAACCUGCUCCAUUACACCAGCUGUGCCACUCCUCCAGCCGACCCGUGAGCCACGCCAGCUGUCCCCGCAAACCGCUCCACUCCGCUCACUGUUCCAUGGGCUGCUCCAACAUGCUGCAAACUGCUUCACUUUGCCAGCCACUUAGCGAUAGAUCUUCAGGCUCCCCCACUAGUUAACACAGCACUCAGUGAUCUCAGCUCAGCAGCCUUUAGAUGGACUCCUAAUGGAAUCAAAAUUAGCUCUACUCUUCAACAGUGGAGAGAGGAGGAUGUGCAAUUGGUGUUCCAGGCCCUCAAAAGGGGCCCAUAUCAUCAGAUACACACACCAGCCCCCAACCUCUCUCCAUUCACUGGGAGUUGGAACCCAUGUCCCUCGUCUAGCAAGUACUACUUAAUUGAGGUUGAGUUGUCUCUGUCAUAAACCAGUCUCAUAGUUCCUCAUUCACAUAAUCAGGGUGACAUACUUUAUUAAUAACAAAGAAAUUGGGGAUCCCAGAGCUGUCAAAAUAACCAUCCCAGGCUGCCAUGAGCUAUGCUAGGUGGGGUGGGUGUGCCAAUGCAAAUACCUGAAAUUCCUUUCCACACUCCCUGAAAUUCUUUCCACACUCCCCAUAAUUCACCACCAGAUGUCAGGGUAGAGCUCAUCCUGACUCUGCUUACACCUGUAAUGGAAGUACAGGUCUUUUGAUACCUCCUAGUGCAGUGGUGGGCAACCUGCGGCCCAACAGGGUAAUCCGCUGGCAGGCCAUGAGACAGUUUGCUUACACUGGCACGACUGCCUGCAGGGAAGCGGCGGCCAGCAUGUCCCUGUGGCCCGCGCUGCUUCCCACAGCUCCCAUUAGCUGAAAGGGCAAACUGCAGCCACUGGAAGCUGUGGGUGGCCAUGCCUGCAGAUGGCCAAUGUAAACAAACUGUCUCACGGUCCGCCAGCUGAUUACCCUGACGGGCAGUGUGCAGCCCGCAGGCCUCAGGUUGCCCACCACUGCCCUAGUGGGAACCUCAAAAGGCCUGAUACUGUCCAUCCCAGUGCACUUCUUAGGGGAAAUAAACUAGGUAAAUCAGCAAAGAACCUGGGCUUUUCUGCAUUAAUGCCCAGCCAGAGCUCAGAUGCAGUUCAGGGCAAUAUGACCAACUGGAAGCCAAUUAAGUGCAGCUGAGCCUACAUGGGUCCAAUGUAUUAAAAGAGGGUGUUAUUCUCAGGCCAUGUCUAAACUAAGGGCUUGUCUUCACUAUUGGGCGGAGAUCAACGCUGCUGCAAUUGAUGCAGUGGGUGUUGAUUUAGCAGGUCUAGUGAAGACCCACUAAAUCGAUGGCAGAACGCUUUCUGGUCGAUCCCAGUAUUCCACGUCUCCAAGAAGAAUAAGGGAAGUCGACUGGAGAGCGUCUCCCGUCAACACAACGCAGUGAAGACACUGGGGUAAGUUGACUUAAGUUACAUCGACUUCAGCUACGUGAAUAACGUAGCUGGAGUAGCGUAACUUAGAUCGACUUACACCAGUAGGGAAGACAAGCCCUAAGAAAUUUUAGGAAAAUUUACCACUGAUGCUGGCAAUAAUGAGAGCCUACUGCAGACAAGCUGAUGGCAGUCACUGUCAUUAUAACAACUAUGCUGAUUACACUUCCUACAACUCUAAAUGAAGAUUAAAAGGAGGGCAGUAGCAACUUGUCUACACUAUGGG